AUGGGGUGUGGUGCAAGCAAGGAAGAUACGGCCGGAAAGGCGAGGAACGAUGAAAUUGACAACCAGCUGAAACGAGAUAAGAUGGCGCAGCGUAAUGAGAUCAAGAUGCUGUUGCUGGGUGCUGGUGAAUCAGGGAAAUCCACCAUCCUCAAGCAAAUGAAACUCAUUCACGAGGGAGGAUACUCGCGCGACGAACGGGAGUCGUUCAAGGAAAUCAUCUUUUCCAAUACCGUUCAGUCGAUGCGAGUCAUCCUAGAGGCUAUGGAGUCCCUCGAGCUACCUCUCGACGAUCAACGAGCCGAAUACCAUGUCCAAACAAUUUUCAUGCAGCCGCCGCAGAUAGAAGGCGAGAGCCUUCCCCCGGAGGUCGGCGCAGCGAUCAAAGCUCUGUGGCAUGAUGCCGGCGUUCAAGAAUGCUUCAAGCGGUCGAGAGAAUACCAACUCAACGAUUCUGCACGAUACUACUUUGACUCGAUCGACCGUAUUGCCGCACAUGAUUACCUGCCGAACGAUCAAGACGUUCUUCGAUCUCGCGUCAAGACCACCGGUAUCACUGAGACGACCUUCAUCAUUCAAGACCUGACAUACCGCAUGUUCGAUGUGGGAGGACAACGAUCCGAGCGAAAGAAGUGGAUUCAUUGUUUCGAAAAUGUGACAACCAUCCUAUUCUUGGUCGCCAUCUCCGAAUAUGAUCAAUUACUCUUUGAAGAUGAGACUGUCAACAGAAUGCAAGAAGCAUUGACCCUCUUCGACAGCAUUUGCAACUCGAGAUGGUUCAUCAAGACCAGCAUAAUCUUGUUCUUGAACAAGAUUGACAGGUUCAAGGAGAAGCUCCCUGUGAGCCCCAUGCAAAACUACUUUCCAGACUACGAAGGAGGUCCCGAUUAUGCUGCGGCAUGCGACUACAUCUUGAACAGAUUCGUGUCACUUAACCAGGCCGAAACGAAACAAAUCUACACCCACUUCACCUGCGCCACCGACACCACUCAGAUUCGGUUUGUCAUGGGUGCUGUCAAUGAUAUCAUCAUCCAGGAAAACCUGCGCAUGUGCGGUCUCAUCUGA